AACCACUUCUCCACAUUCCGAUAUUCAAGUUUCGCCCUCUUCUCUCCUCUCCCAAUCGACCUCUGCUUAACGUACGCAGCCACAAUGGCUCUGAGGAUGGCAAUGCUAAAAGGCGCCAUGGAGGACAUGGCCUAUGCAUUAGGUCUCAGAAGGUGGGCCCACGCCAUCGCUCAACCUGCCCCAAUUGAUGCUUCGAUCAGUCACCCCCCCUUGUCCACGCCGUUGGUUUUGCCUGAAUUUCAUCGAGACUCCAUUACCAACAAGAACUACGAGAGCGACGUCUCGUUCCAAUUCCCGAGUUUUUCUUUGGGUUGUGGAGGCGGAUCCAUGGAGCUCAUGGCCGUCCCCAAGAAGAAGGUUAGUCCACAUAAGAGAGGCAUAAGGAAUGGACCAAGGGCUUUGAAGCCUAUUCCAGUUAUCAUCCGCUGCAAGAGUUGCGGACGUGUCAAGCUGCCACACUUCUUUUGUUGCAGUGGAGAUAGAGGAAAUACUGGUGAAAGGAGCAGUUCAUCCGGUUGAUCAAGUCUGUUCCCUCGCCUUAUAAUUCCAGCUCACAGAUUGAAAUAGAAGGAAGUCCAUACUUAGGUCUCAUCUUCUUCUGUAAGAAGUUCAUAAGAUCAACCAAGUAUCCAAGCUCUGAGUUCCAUCUAGGGCUGUAGACUUUGUUGAACAUAUCCUCUUAUCCUAUAAAUGGUGCCCUUGUUCUUCAUGAAGUUGCCUUCUAAUGUGUUGUUAUAGUAAAAAUGCAGUUACUUUAAUGAAGUUUAAUGUACUUUUUUUU